AUGGAUCUAUCGAGCAAGCAUUUGAAAGUGUCCAACUCUUUUUCCCUUGUUUUAAUUCUUCUCUCAUGCUUUAACCUACAGGGUUUGAACUUGCUUGGUUUAGUAACAUCUGUAGUUGGUGGAAAUGACACAGAUCAACAAGCUUUACUCGAGUUCAAAGCCAAGAUAACUGGUGAUCAGCUGAGGGUUAUGGAUUCCUGGAAUAGUUCCUCUCACUUCUGUCAGUGGUAUGGUGUAACGUGCGGUCGCAGACAUCAGAGAGUCACCAGGUUGGAAUUGCAAUUCAUGAAACUCGUGGGGUCUGUAUCACCAUACAUUGGAAAUUUGAGCUUUCUCAGGGCGUUGAAUCUUGAGGGCAACAGCUUCAACAAUGAAAUUCCUCAAGAAAUUGGACGAUUAAGAAGAUUGGAAAUAUUACAACUGGCCAAUAACUCCAUCAGUGGUGAAAUUCCUUCCAAUUUAUCCGGUUGUUCUAAGCUUACAUUUGUUCAUAUGAGAGGCAACCAGCUAACCGGAGAAAUACCUGGUUUGUUUGGUCUCCUGUCAAACCUAAAUUUGUUAAGUUUAGCCAACAAUAGUUUAAAAGGAAGGAUCCCACCAUCCUUGGGGAACUUAUCGUCUUUGGAGAAACUUUCUUUGGCUAGGAAUGGACUAAGUGGGGCUAUACCUGAAACUCUUGGGCAACUGAAGAGUCUUUCAUUUUUCACUGUGCUACAAAAUGCAAUUUCCGGUGUUGUUCCUGUUUCAAUUUUCAAUCUCUCUAAUAUUAGAGGUUUUGAUAUUGGGCAAAACAAUAUUACAGGUACACUUCCCUCUGACUUAGGAAUCACCAUGCCAUAUAUUGAAUUCUUCUCCGUCUCCCUAAACCAAAUCUCUGGACAUUUUCCGGUUUCAAUAUCCAAUGCCUCAAAUCUCAGUGUACUUCAAGUUUCAGUCAACCAACUUAGUGGAAACUUGCCUUCAUUUGAAAAGCUGGUUAAAGUAUCACGAUUUUUCAUAUACAGAAACCAUUUUGGAAAUGAGGGAGUAAGUGACUUAAACUUUCUAUGUUCCUUAACCAAUAGUACCAAACUAGAAUAUCUAAAGAUAGGCGAAAAUAAUUUUGGAGGGGUAUUGCCUGAGUGCAUUAGCAAUUUGUCAAGCACAAUCUCAACUUUUGUAAUAGCACAGAACAAAAUAUUGGGAAGAAUUCCAGCUGGAAUUGAAAAUCUCAUCAAUUUGGAGGUUUUUGUGGCAUCAUACAAUCAACUAUCAGGUUCUAUUCCCUUUGAUAUUGGGAGGCUGCAGAAGCUAAACUGGUUUUAUGCUGAAGCUAACCAUCUCUCAGGUGCUAUUCCCCCUUCUAUUGGAAAUUUGACGAUGUUAAGCAUUCUUGGUUUAAGUGGUAACAAUCUUCAGGGCAACAUUCCUUCAAGUCUAGGUAACUGCCAAAAUUUGGUUAGAUUGUAUCUUUCUGAAAACAAUCUUAGUGGAUCUAUACCCCCUGAAGUAAUUGGACUCUCAUCCUUGUCCAUUGUACUAGACUUAUCAAGGAACUAUUUAACCGGUGAGCUUCCUGUUGAAGUGGAAAAUCUGAAAAAUCUAGGUCGCUUUUAUGUUUCUCAAAACAGGUUAUCUGGUUUGCUUCCAAACAAUCUUGGUAGCUGUGAAAGUCUGGAGUACCUGUUCUUGGAUGGCAAUCUGUUCGAUGGGCCCAUUCCUUCAUCUUUAAGUUCAUUGAGAGGUCUUGUGGCAUUAGACAUAUCUAAUAAUGAUCUUACCGGAGAGAUUCCAGAAUUUUUUGGUAUGAUACCAAUUGACGGAGUCUUUAAGAAAGCAAAUGCUACAUUCGUUGAUGGAAACAGUAAGCUUUGUGGAGGCAUCCCUGAGUUACACUUGUCCAAAUGUAACUUGAAGAAGUCCAUCAAAAGAUCAAAAAAUUCUCUGAAAUUGAAACUUGCAGUUGUUUUUGUGAUUUUAGGAGUGACUUUGGUAUUCUCUUUUCUCCUCAUUUUGUGGUUUAGAAAGAAGAAAGAGCAGCCAACAGCAACUUGUGCAGAAAAUUCACUUUUAAAAUUAUCAUACGGAAGCAUCCUAAAGGCUACUGAUGGAUUCUCCUCGCAAACUUUGGUUGGUUCAGGUAGCUUUGGUUCUGUAUACAAAGGAAUUCUUCAAGAAAGUGGAGUAGUUUUUGCUGUUAAGGUACUUAAUCUUUUGAAUCAUAGAGCUUCCAGGAGUUUCUUAGCUGAAUGUGAGGCCUUGAAGAACAUUAGACAUCGGAAUCUUGUCAAGGUAUUAACUGCAAUUUCAGGUUUAGAUUAUCAAGGCAAUGGUUUUAAAGCAUUGGUAUAUGAGUUCAUGGAAAAUGGAAGCUUGGAGAAUUGGCUGCAUCCAUCUGCUGUAAUGAAUGAACAGGAGACAAUAAGAAACCUGAAUUUCUCCCAAAGAGUUAAUGUUGCUAUAGAUGUUGCUCAUGCACUGGAGUAUCUGCACAAUAAUUGUGAAACACCAAUUAUUCAUUGUGACCUCAAGCCAAGCAAUAUUCUACUUGAUGAAGAAAUGGUUGGUCAUAUAAGUGACUUUGGCUUAGCAAAGAUCCUUUCAGCAGACAGGCUUGUCCAUUCUUCUAAUCAGUCAAGCUCUCUUGGAUUAAGAGGAACUAUUGGUUAUGCUCCACCGGAAUAUGGCAUGGGAAACGAGUUGUCAACAAAAGGUGAUGUGUAUAGCUAUGGUAUCAUCUUGUUAGAGAUGUUUACGGGGAAAAGACCAACGAAUGAAAUGUUCAAAGAAGGUUUCAGCCUUCACAAAUUUGUUGUGGCAGCUUUGCCAGAAGGGGUGGUUGAGAUUAUAGAUCCCAUUCUUCUUCAAGAGAGAGUCAGACGAGGAACAAUGGCAAGAAUCACUCUCAAUGAAAAUGGCAUUGUAGAUGACACACAUCUUGAAUUCUUAAAUUCAAUAUUUGAAAUAGGACUCAGUUGUUCUGCUGAAUUCACCAAGUGAGCGGAUGGACAUGAGUGAUGUUGUUACCAAGCUUUGUUCUGUUAGAGACAAGCUUCAUCGAACUCGAUUAAAUCGUGAGGGCUAAAUUCUAUAUGCUGCUCAAUCAGCAGGUAAUAAUGUGUUCUUAUACUGAAGCAAACAAUUUGCAUUAUUCUUAACAGAAUAUUUAAUCGUCACAUGACUUAAGGCACUUUAAUUUCCUUUACUUUUUAGAUAAAUGCCGUGGUCAAAUGAUUUGAACAAGUAAAAUACGUUUUUUGCUUAUAUUCUGUCAAAAUAAAUAUAAUGGUUGAGAGAUUUCCUUGUUUUCAUAUGUUUGCAGGUAUCUAAGGUGCCAUAUUGAUAGACUUGAGA